AUGAUAAAAAACGAUAUGAACAUGGAGAAUGGCGGCGGCGACGCUAAUUCCAAUGUGUCACCCACCAAACUUAUGGUAAACUAUAUUCCAGAGUUGAUGACGAGAGAUAUGAUGUAUGCCCUCUUCUCCGCCAUGGGUAAAAUAGAAAGCUGUAAAUUAAUAGCAAAUAGAGGGUACGGAUUCGUAGAAUACGAGAAACACGAGGACGCCGAGAAGGCGCGAGCCGCAUUCAACGGCCUGUUGAUGCAGGGCAAGACAUUGAAGGUGUCCUUCGCGCUCCUGAACCCAGAGAACAAGGUCAGCCACAAACCGGACACAGAGUCAAACCUUUACAUAAGUAAUCUACCUCCGGACAUGACACUAGAGCGGUUAAACAUGCUAUUCGGUCAGUUCGGGAACAUAACUAACAGUCGGGUGUCACAAGGUAUCGGCUUCGUGUGCUACGAGACGCGGCAGCAGGCCGAGGACGCGAUAACACACAUGAACGGCCAGUCACCGAUCCCCGGCGCCGGCGCCAUCGUGGUGAAGUUCGCCAACAAGCCCAGCGCCAACAAGAACGCGCCGCGGCCCAUCCAGAGGGUCGGCGUGAGCGCGGCGCCGCUGGCCUACAACGGCGCGGCGGCCGUGUUCAACGGCUCCACGCCCGCCUUCAACGGCACCAACCUGAGCGCGUUCGGCGCGCGGCCGGCCACCGCGUUCGCGCCGGGCUUCCCGCAGGCGUCGCCGCCGCCGCUGCUGCCGUCCCCGGGUAAGGCACUGCCCUUCAUCAACAAGGGCCAGCAGCGCUUCAACCCCAUGGCCGCCACUAACCACAGUCCGUUACCGUUGCUAGGCGCCCCGGCCAGCCCGGUGCCGCUGCUGGGCGCGCCGGCCGCCCCUCAGACCACGGUGUACGUAUACAACGUGGGCGAGGACACGGAGGAGCUGGCGCUGUGGCAACUGUUCGGUCCCUACGGCGCCAUAGACUCCAUUAAAGUGAUCAAGGACCCCGAGACGAAGAAAAAACAAGGGGUUCGCGUUCGUUAA